AAGGCCUUCAACUGCGAAACCGUCAUCUCCAAGUCGAACUGCUUGUUCCCGCAACCAAGUCGGCAGCCAUGGCCUCGAUAGCGACAGGCCUCGCGCGGGUUCUCCCAAAGCCGCAAAACAGUUCCGAAUAUGAAGAACAGCGAGUGCAGCAACGAGGCCCUCGGAUCGUCGCCGCCGACCAAAUCGAUGAGACUCAGAUUGUCCUGAAAAGAAGCGGCCCUCCCCCGUACCUCAAUCGAGCAGGCUGGCGCCCGCGCGCCCCGGAGGAUUUUGGCGAUGGCGGCGCGUUCCCCGAGAUUCCCGUCGCGCAGUACCCGUGGGGCAAGGACGAUAAAUCCUCCAAGUCGAACGCGCUGGUCCUGCAGGUCGACGCCGAGGGAAAGGUCGACUACAGCGCCAUUGCACGGCAAGGUCACAGUAGCGACCGCAUCAUUCACGCCUCGUUCAAGGACCUGAUCCCCCUACGGCAGCGCGCCGAAGCGGGCGACCUCGACUUGUCGCGGCCCAGCAAGGAACAGGUGGAGGAGACGGCCGAGCGGACCAAGAAUGCCUUGGCUACGUUGGUCAGCGGCGCGCUGGCGGCGCAGAAGCCCAAGAAUGUGAAUGUGGGCGGGAGGAGGGACCCGACGUUUGUUAGGUAUACGCCGUCGGAUCAGAUGGGGGAUAGGUCCAAGAAACAGGAGCGGAUCAUGAAGAUUGUGGAGAGGCAAAGAGACCCGAUGGAGCCACCCAAGUUCAAGCACAAGAAGAUCCCGAGGGGACCGCCGACCCCUCCACCACCAGUCAUGCACUCCCCGCCGAGAAAACUUACAGCCGAAGACCAGGAAGCGUGGCGCAUUCCACCACCUGUGUCGAUGUGGAAGAAUCCAAAGGGUUUCACAAUCCCUCUCGACAAGCGAGUAGCGGCCGACGGCCGCGGACUGCAAGACGUCCAGAUCAACGACAAAUUCGCCCAGUUCUCGGAAGCCCUCUUCAUGGCAGACCGGCACGCCAGAGAAGAGGUCCGUCAGCGAGCCAUGAUGCAGCAGCGACUAGCAGAGAAGGAACGCCUGCAAAAGGAGGAACACCUCCGGCAGCUCGCCCAACAAGCACGAGCCGAGAAGGCCGGCGGCGGCAGCAGGCGACGGUCGACGCGGUCCCGCUCCGGCUCCUACAGCAGCAGCGGCUCCGGAUCCGGAACCGAGACGGACGAGUCGGAGCGCGAGCGGCGGGCGGCCCGCCGGGAAAAGCUCCGCGAGGAGGAGCGCAAGCUGCGGCAGUCGCGCAUGGGCCACGAGCGGCGCGCUCAGGUGCUCGCGCGCGAGAUGGAUCGCGACAUCUCGGAGAAGAUAGCCCUCGGCCUGGCCAAGCCCACGCAGUCGUCCGAAGGCAUGUACGACUCGCGCCUGUUCAACCAGUCGAGCGGGUUCGCCAGCGGGUUCAACGAAGAUAAUCCCUACGACAAGCCGCUGUUUGCGGCGCAGGACGCCAUCAGCAGCAUCUACCGGCCGAGGGCGAGCCUCGAGGACGACGACGACGAGGCGGCCGGGGACAGGGAGAUGGCGAGGAUUCAGAAGGGGGCUAGGUUUGGGGAGGCUCUGGGACGGGGGACGUUUAAGGGGACGGGCGAGGCUGAGGUCAGGGAAGGGCCUGUGCAGUUUGAGAAGGAAGAGGCGGACCCCUUUAAUGUGGACAAGUUUUUGUCGGAGGUGCAGCAGGGGACGACGGCGGCCGCCUCGUCGUCGAAACGCGGGUAUGGGCUGGUGCAGGAGGACGACACGAGGCAGUCCAAGAGGAGUCGGGUGGAUGAUGAUGAUGAGUGAUGAGUGGGUGGAGGUGUGGUGAGCUGUAUAUCAUAUGGAGUCAUGGGUUAACACUAUCUCCUUGCGCCUGCUGUCUGUGCGGAAGAAGAAUGCCAGGCGUUUGGUCAAGACAGAUGGAAUUUUCU